ACUCAAAUAAUUUAACUAGAAAAAAAAGUCAAACGACUUAUAAUGUGAAACGAGGAAAGGAGUACAUUGAUAGACCUAUCAAUGUAUUUAGUCCAAUGAUUAAAUUUUGGUCAAUUAUGUUAUUUGCCUUUAGGUAUUGUUAUUUUACUGGUUUGCCAAACUUUAGUGUAAAAGAUAUAUGAAAUAGCGUAAUCUUUUGACGCCACAUAAUAGUUAGUCACAGUUGUGACACAUCUCUAAUACCGAUUGCAAGGUGCUGAUCCUAGCAUGUUAUUGGGCCACGUGGCAAGCUGGAAAAAGAGCUAACCAUCUCUAAAAUAUUGCCACGUGUCAACUCUUAGUUUAUCCUGUGUACAUAAUGAAAAAAAAUGCCCCUUUAAGAAGCUGAAGAGGUGCCUCUUCACAUCUCUAGAAUAAUCAAGAAACAACCUAUUAUCAAGCUAUCAUCUGUCAUUAUUAUUGGAAUUAAGGAAAAAAGGAUGGUGUUAUCAAGCUUGUAAGAUAUGCAGCAGUAAGAUGCUAUGGAAUGGCACCAUAAUGAAGUGCAGGAGAGAGAAAUGUCCAUGUACCCAAUAUGAUUACAAAUGGGCUGAUUGGGCCGGAGGCCGUCUGAUUCCGGGCCUUCCGGCCCAUCCAAACGAGCCUUUCAUCUGCUUCGCCCGCUAUCUCCCACAACUCCACCUCUCCACAUCUUCUCGCCACCGCCGACGCCGCCGCGGCUCGCCUCCUCUCCUCCCCUCGCCGCCGCCACCGCCGCCGCAGAAGCUUGGCUCAUCGCGGCGCGAGUGCCUGAUGGCCGCGGCCUCCAUCCCCGCGAGCUCCCAGCCCUUCAAGCUGAUCCUGGGGUCAUCGUCGGUGGCCAGGAAGCACAUCCUCACCGAGAUGGGGCUCGAGUUCGAAGUCAUGACUGCAGAUAUCGACGAGAAGAGCAUCAGGAGGGAGAACCCUGACGAGCUAGUGACGGUUCUUGCGGAGGCCAAGGCUGAUGCUAUCAUGUCCAGAUUGAAUAUUUCUGAUUACCAGAAAGAAGGCGACAGGCCAACACUCCUGAUCACUUCUGACAUAGUGGUCGUCCAUGAAGGGAUUAUCAGAGAAAAGCCAACCACUAAGGAAGAAGCACGCCAAUUCCUGAAAGGUGUGUCCACAUGCCAAGACAACAUGCAUCUUAUAUUCUUGUUCUGCAAUGUUUUAUUGUAUUAUUUAUUACUUGAACGUUUACUUUCUCCAGGUUAUUCUGGCAGCCAUGUCUCAACCGUGGGGUCUGUAGUCGUAACUAAUCUGACAACUGGGAAGAGGCUUGAAAGCCUAGACAAAGCUGAGGUGUACUUCCAUGAUAUACCAGAUGAGAUCAUCGAAAACCUGAUCGAUGAGAGGGUAGUAUUUAGGGUCGCUGGUGGCUUGUUGCUUGAACAUCCAUUGACAUUACCAUUUGUUGAAGCAGUGGUUGGUUCUAGUGACAGUGUAAUGGGGAUCUCGAAGGAUCUUGCAAACAAAUUAAUUCAGGAUGCAUUGUCCGCUUAGCCUAGUAAUAUUUGGCGCUCUGAUUAUUUAUCACAUUAUUACGAUAUUUAUCAGUGAAAAUUUGUCAGGGAUAUGGUGGUAUACUGGUAUCUCAUAGCCAUUUUUUUAGUUCAAAAGCUUUUGAAGGAUUUCAGAACCCGACACACGAAGACGCAUGGUGUGCAAGAACACUCGAGUCCCUCUAUCUACUGUUUUGAUGAGAUUCUAUCAUUGUACUACUUACACGUUGACUGAAUAUACUGUCAUUGUGAAGCGUUCAAUCAAUAUCUCCAUGGGGAAUGAGAAUGUUGCAAAAGAACUCGCAAUUUUUACAUAUUAAAUCGAAAAGACUUGUGUCCUGGUUACAUUGUGUGAAUCGAACUGUUUGUAGUGAA